AUGGAGCCGCAUGAAAUCAAGAAAUUCCAUGGUCUGCCUCAGGAAAACUUGGUUCAUAAUCUAUUCACUUUCCCUAAUCCCAUACAAAAACAAUAUCCUUCUGCGGCCAGCCUGAAAAUGCAGCCCAUUGUUGAAUCCACCAACCAGACCCCAACCCAGGCAAAUAUAUCUGAAAAUCCAGAAUCCAGCUCAAGUCUCUUCGAUAAGUUCUUAACCAAUUCUCUAUUUCAUGUCCCACUUCAUAUUCCCUCUCCAAACACAUCAUCUGUCAGUACAGACUCUACUCUAGCUGAACCAAGAGAUCAACAGCUCGGCAUUUCCAACGAGAAGAAGCUAAGGAGGAUGAUAUCCAACAGAGAAUCCGCUCGAAGAUCGCGUAUGCGAAGAAAGAAGCAAAUUGAAGAUCUCCAGUAUCGGGUUAAUCAGCUUCAAAACAUGAACCAUCAGCUCUCUGAGAAGGUUAUCCACUUACUAGAAAGUAACCACCAGACUCUUCAAGAGAAUUCCCAACUCAAAGAAAAAGUUUCUUCUCUUCAAGUUGUUCUAUCUGACCUGUUGACACCCUUGAGAAAUGUGGACGACGGCGAUUGCAACGGCAUUCAUCUCAAAGGUGAAACUUCAAACCGAUGA